AUGGCCAACACGUUCGCUCUCGGCUUGCAGAUGACGCGUCAAAAGCAUCUCGAGUACCUCAUUCGAUGUCUUACUUUUGACGAAACUUAUUUUGCCACGUCGCCAAAUGAACGAUGCGUCAAUAUGGCCAACAUGGCAAAGGCGGUGAUGUGGGCCAAUGGAAGGCGUUCUCUGUUGCGCUGGCAUCAUUGGAAGGGAAAGUUGUCCAUGGUCCAUGGCAGUGAUCCCACAGCCAGGGGAUAUGGCGCUUCUAGCACUCAAUUUUGUGGACUGAGCGGGACGGGUCGACGCGAACGGUGCGGCAACACAAAGUCAACGAGGAGAUGUACCUGUCUGUUUGUCGCGAUCUCCGACUUUAAUGUUUUCGUGCGAGCUCAGAGGGUCAUUCUUGGAGGAAGCCCAAGAGUCAUUGUACGAUCCAAGUGGGGCGACAUACAUGAUGAUGGCGUCACCCUUGAUAUUAUGCGUGGUGUGAGAGAGCUGAGAGUCAGGAGGUAUCAGCUGCGAAAGCUGUUACGACGAUUGAUGGCUCCAGAUUCUCAGAUUCUGGGGUUCGGCUACCAACGUCUGGUCCAAAUGGGUCGUCUCGGGGACGGAAGCCUUGAUCCGAACUACUCUUUCGUCAUCCCGCAGCAACCAUGCACUAUGCAUUACUAA